AUGGACAGUAUAAUACAAAAGUUUGACUUCCUCAAGGUGACAAGUGACUCAAAGGAUGAUUUCAGCACCAGGCUGGACGAAUGGAAGGAUGACAAUGAUGAAAAACUCGACAAACAGAUGGUUAAGAAGAGCCUGGAGGUGGCGAUGGCGAAAGUUUGUGUUCCAGACUUCCCUGGAAAAGAUACAGAGUCGGGGUCUGCCGCAGAAACAGCUUUUGAUAAUGUAUUAUCAGUCAUGAGUGAUGUUGUAGAUCAGGAGAAGGCUACAGCGGUGGAAAUGCAUGACUUGUUGUUGAACUGUAUGAUCAAACUACUGUUGUGUGGCCCGGGCACCACUCACAUAAACAUCAUGACUCAGAUCACACAUUUCUCAGAGUUUUUAAACUACACCGAGGCCCUGGAAGGAGAGAAGUUGAAACAGUAUCUGAACGCACUGAAGAGAGAAUACACGACCCGAGAACAGAUAGAACCAAAAGUGUAUGCCUCUGAUUUAAAGUCGGUGCUGCAGUCCGUGGUCGAUAAUGGAUUUCAAUCUGACCAGGUUGAAGCAAACUCCAGUAUGUUUGUUGAGUUCUUUAUAUACUUUGAGUUUGGCAGUUUUCCAAACUCAAGCAAUCAUGUCAUCGCUGUCAUGCGGAAGGUUUCUGAUUGGAUUGACUACAAAGCCAAUAGGAAAAUAUAUAAAAAAAUCACAGAUCCAUCCAUGAUUAAAGACUUGAUACACCGGUUCCAAGACAUGAUUUGUACGAAAACAUUCCCUACAGACGAAAAACAGCUGAAGAAAGUCACAUCCAGUUUAGAGAAAUUUCUGAAUGGUUUAAAAUCCAACUUACAGUUUGAAGCAGUAUGUGAUGCAUUUACGGACUUUUGUCUAGCAGUAUUUAAUAAACCUGGCGAAAAGGUUCCAGCCAUUGUCAAAGUUAUUGGUGACUUUUUCUAUCACAUCGAGGAGAAGGCUGUAAAGAACAAAACUGCAGUGUUUGUGAGUGUUAUCAAGGCAACGACAGAAAUUGUCAAGAAACUUGACCCUGAAUACAGAGAUAUAAGAUUUGCCAGUGGGAUUGCGUCUGAUGUUCUUGUUAAAGCCAUGAACAACUCAUCUAAGGACCAUGUUGUUCUACUGGUAGACUUCAUGAAAGCUUGCUUGAAGAUACCCAACAAGUGGCACUUCGAGGCAGCUUACUACUGCAUGCGAGAAAAACAGGUCCAAAUCAAAUGGAAGGAACAACUGGAUUCAGCGAAGGAAAUCUUUAAGAUCGUCAGUGAAACCGAGAUCCCAGAAGGAGACAAGCAGGAGAAAACGAUAAAGGCUCUCACUGAGUUUACAGAGUACUUUCUCGAAUCAGUCAAGUAA